ACAAUUGCUAACCUAACCACACUCCCAACUUACCAAAUUCCAAGCCAAUUACACCGGAAUCAUGGCAGCUCAAGAAGUGAGGACUCCCGGCAGCAAGCCCGGCGGCACUAUGCUCUGGGGAGGACGAUUCACAGGUAUGCGUGCUCCCAAUACAUUUUUUGUUGACUCGCUUGACUCACAUUUGUCCCCCAGGCGGUCUGGAUCCCCUCAUGGUCUCAUACAACGAGUCGAUUUACUACGAUCGCGCGUUCCACACUCAAGAUAUCCUAGGCAGCAUUGCAUGGGCGCGGGGUAACCACAAGGUCGGGAUUCUCAGCGAUGAGGAGUUCAAGGCUAUCGAGGAGGGGUUGAAGAAGGUCGAGGCUGAGUGGGUGGAUGGGACGUUCAAGAUCAUUCCUGGAGUGGACGAGGACAUUCACACUGCCAAUGAGCGCCGCCUUGGUGAGAUCAUUGGCAAGGACAUUGGAGGCAAGCUCCACACCGGCCGCAGCAGGAACGAACAGGUCGCUACGGAUAUGAGGAUGUGGUUGCGUGACGAGCUGAGGAAAAUCGAGGUCUUCCUAGUUGACUUCCUCAAGGUUGUCGCGGCGCGCGCGGAGAAGGAGAUUGACUUCGUCAUGCCUGGUUAUACCCAUCUGCAGCGCGCUCAGCCAGUGCGUUGGAGUCACUGGAUGCUGUCGUACGGUCUUGCGUUUGCCUCGGAUCUCGAGCGUCUGCGUGAGGUGAUCGCCCGUGUCAACCGCAGUCCGCUUGGAUGUGGUGCCCUCGCGGGUAACCCGUUCAACAUUGACCGUGAUGCUAUGGCGAAGGAGCUCGGUUUCGAGGGCCUGAUGUGGAACUCCAUGGGCGCUGUCGCUGAUCGUGACUUUGUGCUUGAGGCUAUGCAGUGGGGGUCGACUCUGAUGUCGCACAUGUCUCGUUGGUCUGAGGAUCUUAUCAUUUACUCGACUGGCGAGUUCAGCUUCGUCAGGCUGGCGGAUGCGUACUCCACCGGCAGCUCGCUGAUGCCGCAGAAGAAGAACCCAGACAGCUUAGAGUUGUUGAGGGGUAAGAGUGGACGUGCGUUCGGCCAGAUGGCUGGGCUCAUGAUGACCUUGAAGGGUCUGCCUAGCACAUACAACAAGGACUUGCAGGAGUCCGUUGAGCCGAUGCUUGACCACGUCAAGACUGUUGGUGACAGCAUCCAAAUCGCAACUGGCGUCCUCUCGACCCUUGCUGCGAACUCGGAGAAGAUGAGGGCUGCUCUCGAUGGCUUCAUGUUGGCCACUGACCUGGCUGACUACCUUGUUCGCAAGGGCGUCCCGUUCAGGGAGACCCACCACAUCUCGGGCCAGGUCGUUGCCUUGUCGGAGAAGACCAACACACCCAUGGAGAAGUUGACAUACGAGCAAUUGGAGUCCGUCGAUGCCCGCUUCAAGCCAGAUGUCAGCGAUUGCUUCGAUUUCGAGCGCUCGGUCGAGAUGCGCACGUCCAAGGGUGGAACUAGCAAGAAGUGCGUGUUGGAGCAGAUUGAGGUCCUGAAGUCGAUGCUGGCUUGAAUGUGAAAUGAAUUUAUGUUGGGAGUUGGGAGGGAAAUCAUGGGUUACCAAAAGUUUGUCGUAAUAUCUAGACCUGCAGUAUUUAUGCGGCCUAAGGGCUUCCAUAGGGACUGUGAUAAAAGCAUUAAUUACGAAAGCCUAUAAAAAUUAUACGUAAAG